AAUUUGAUCACAUAGGUUGGAUAAAAUUAUUCCAUUAUCGCCAAGACACCCACGCCAGAAGCAAGCGCUCGCUUCCACACCUCCACCGCCGUUGACUAACCGCUCCACCAUGCCCACCUUCUUCUUCCGCUUCUCUAUUCUUUUUCAGAUCAUCUCCGCCGCCGUCGUUGCAGGGUCGCAUUCGAAGGUGGAGUUUCUGCCGGGCUUCCCAGGUCGUCUUCCCUUCGAGCUGGAAACAGGAUAUGUGGGCGUCGGGGAAUUGGAGGAGGUGCAAUUGUUUUAUUAUUUCGUGAAAUCUGAAGGGAAUCCCAGGACGGAUCCUCUGCUUUUUUGGCUCACCGGAGGCCCCGGCUGCUCGGCUUUUACUGGACUCGCCUUUGAAAUUGGUCCUAUAAAUUUCAAGCUUGAGCUAUACAAUGGGAGCUUGCCUCAGCUAUUCUGGAACCCUUAUUCAUGGACAAAGAAAUCGAGCAUAAUAUUCGUAGAUUUGCCGGUGGAAACUGGAUUCUCGUACGGCACAACCCCACGAUCUCUGGAGGCAGGAGAUUCCCGCGUUGUUCAUCAUUCUAUUCAAUUUUUUAAAAAGUGGUUAGUUGAUCAUCCAGAAUUUAUAUCUAAUCCAUUUUAUGUGGGUGGAGAUUCAUACUCUGGGAUGGUAAUUCCAGCUAUUGCUCAUAAAGUUUCAGAAGAAAAUAAGCGUGGUUUAUUGCUGCUAGAUCUACAGGGAUAUAUAUUGGGAAAUCCAGUCACCAUUCGUAAUUCAAAUACCAAUUUUCAAAUUCCUUAUGCUCAUAAAAUGGCUCUUAUAUCCGAUGAAUUAUUCGAGUCCUUGACCUCUAGUUGCAAGGGAGAGUACGUGAAUAUUGAUCCGAACAAUGUGGAUUGUUUAACACAUUAUAAAACGUACCAAAAGUGUGUUUCAAAUAUCGAGAGAGCUUCAAUCUUGUUGCCAAAAUGUACGUUUAUUUCUCCGAAGCAACGAGGAGGUGGAGAUGAUGGGAGAUUGCUAUACGACACCUCCGAAUUGUCCCUUGAUCCCGAGCCAUCGCUUUCUUAUCUCGAUUGUCCGACCUAUAAAUUCAAACUUGCUACUUAUUGGGCGAACGACGAUCAAGUUCGAAAAGCACUUCGCAUCCGAGAGGGAAGCGUGGGAGAAUGGAUGAGAUGUAAUGUUAGGGACAGUUACAAGUAUGAUUUCCAGAGUGCUUUCCCUUAUCAUGUGGACCUUAGUUCUAAAGGCUACCAGUCUUUGAUCUAUAGCGGGGAUCACGAUAUGAUGGUACCGCAUAUGGACACUGAAGCAUGGAUUAAAAAAUUAAAUUACUCUAUUGUCGAUGACUGGAGACCUUGGUUUAUCCAAAACCAAGUAGCCGGAUAUACAAGAAGAUAUGCAAAUAAUAUGACAUUUGCAACCAUAAAAGGUGGAGGGCACACAGCAGAAUACACACAAAAAGAAUGCAGUAUAGUGUUUAGUAGAUGGAUUAGUGGAGAACCCUUGUAGAUGGGGUUAUAAUUUAGUAAAUUUUCAUUUUUAUUGGGAUGUAAUAAAUUGAUCGUCCUUUAUAUGUAAUAAAAAUGGUGUUUUUUU